AUGUCUCUACAUGAGAUCCUGCGGGAGGGAGGAGAGGCGUCCUACCGCAUCAUGAAUCGCCUCAGUCAAAUUAUACAAAACUUGGACAUUACAGGAUUGGCCAAUCCAUUCCCCUUUAGUCCUGACAGCCGCAAGAACUCCUGGAGAGAGUGGGAUGAUGAAAUAAUGCAACUGGACAAUAGUCCACUCCGAGCUGCAGACAUCACUCCUGACCUCAGAAAGAGAUUUGCCUUUCUCUCAGGUGGCAGAGGAGACAAUGGUAGCCCCAUCAUCGUGUUUCCAGAGUUUCCUUCAUUUGGAGAGAUAACAGACAGAGAGUUCCACAAUGUACUCACCUACCUGACCAGCGUGCCCAGCUUAUCCCCAACAGAAGUGGGUUUCAUCCUCGUCAUUGAUCGGAGACAAGACAAAUGGGCAGCUGUAAAAGGGACCCUGCUCCGGAUAGCUGGCGCCUUCCCUGGGAACCUCCAGCUUGUCCUGGUCCUGAGGCCCACCACCCUCCUGCAGCGCACUCUGUCCGACAUCCUCUUCAAGAUGAACAAAGAUGACUUCAAAAUGAAAGUGCCGGUGAUCAUGCUGAGCUCACUGACAGAGCUUCAUUCGUAUAUUGACCGGUCACAGCUCACACAGGAGCUCGGGGGGACUCAGGAGUACUGCCAUGAGAAGUGGAUCUCCCAUCGCACUGCUAUUGAGGGCUUUGCUUUGAUGGUGAAGAAGAUGGCACAGACGCUUCAAUCAUUUGGGAUGGAGCUGGCUGAAACUGAACUUCCAAAUGAAAUUCAGGCCACAACCACUCUACUCAACACACACACCAGCAAGAAAAACAAAAUGAAGGAGGACCUGUUGGUGACUUUGGGACAAGGUAGUCAGCUUUUAGAAAGCAUCAAUGAGCCAGUAGUAAGAGAUCCAGACCACAAUAUGAACCAAGACGAGCUGGAAAACCUGGCCACUGUGCAAAGACUGCUCUCCCAGCUGGAUGAGACAGAAAGAGCAUUUGAUGAGUUCUGGGUGAGGCACCAAACUAAACUGAACCAGUGUUUGCAGCUGUGCCACUUUGAGCAUAACUACAAAGAGGUGAGCGCUCUGCUGAGUCAGGUGGUAGAGAAGCUGGCAACGUUCUCCGAGGUGGGGAUCAGCCCUGCACAUGCGGACCAUAUCUACAGUGAACUCACCACCUACGAGAAGAAAGUCUGUGAGGUGGUGGACAGGGCUUCAGCUUUGGCCGAUGAGGGUGAGGAGCUGGUGCAACACUCGCACUAUUCAGAGGACUCCAUUCAGCCAAAAUGCACUGACCUGAGAUCAGCCAGUGAAAAUGUAUCCAGCAAUUUCAAAGCCAAGAAAGCUCAUCUACUGAAGGCUCUGGAGCUACACCACCAUCUGGACGGGGCUUCAAAGUGGUGUGAUGAGGGCAUAUACUUGUUAGCGUCCCAGCCAGUGGACAAGUGUCAGUCACAUGAGGGGGCGGAGCUAGCACUGAAGGAACUUGAACGCCACUUGGACAAUUCAGAGCAGAGUCAGUUGACAGACCUUAGUGGAAUAUGGAGUGAAUAUGAGACUGUUCUUAACCCGCAGUUCAGAGAUCAAGUGGAAAAGGUCUUCCAAAAGCAGACGUCGAUGUUGGAGAUGUUUGAUAAAAGGAGGGUCAGUUUGAAAAAGCUUGCAGCAAAACAGACAAGACCAGUCCAGCCUGUCGCCCCAAGACCAGAGGCUUUCAUCAAAUCCCCCCUCACCUCUCCUGCUCACAAAGUACAACAGGAGAAGAUUUCAGAGGUGGACUCCUGCAGUAUCAUCUGUGAAACGGGAAAUGGACAGCUGCUGAAUGGGGACAGUACGAGCCGACAUGCCUCUCUGUCGGAGGAAGAGGAAAACCUGGCAGUUCUCCGGAGACAUGUGAUGAAUGAGCUGCUAGAAACUGAGAGGGCCUAUGUGGAAGAACUGCUUUGUGUCCUACAGGGCUAUGCCUCUGAGAUGGAUAAUCCUGCAAUGGCCCCCCUCAUCCCUGCUCCUUUGCAAAACAAAAAGGAGAUUUUGUUUGGCAACAUGCCAGAAAUCUACCACUUCCAUAAGAGAACUUUCCUCCGAGAGUUAGAGCUGUACACUGACUGUCCAGAGUUGGUCGGAAGAUGUUUUCUUCAACGUAUGACUGACCUACAGAUCUAUGAGAAGUACUGCCAUAACAAGCCCCGCUCAGAAAGCCUUUGGAGGCAGUGCUCUGACUGUGCCUUUUUCCAGGAGUGUCAGAAGAAGUUAGAACAUAAACUGGGACUGGAUUCUUAUCUGCUCAAACCUGUUCAAAGAAUUACCAAAUAUCAGCUGCUAUUGAAGGAAAUGCUGAAGUACAGUAAGGGCUGUGAAGGAGCAGAAGACCUCCAGGACGCUCUUACCUCCAUUGUGGGCAUCCUGAAGGCCGUUAAUGACUCCAUGCACCUUAUUGCCAUCACAGGAUACGAGGGCAAUCUGAGUGAGCUGGGCAAACUGCUGAUGCAAGGCUCCUUCAGUGUGUGGACAGAGCACAAGAAAGGCCAUGCCAAAGUGAAAGACUUGGCCCGCUUUAAACCCAUGCAAAGACAUCUCUUCCUACACGAGAAAGCCCUCCUCUUCUGCAAACGAAGAGAGGAGAACGGAGAGGGUUACGAGAAAGCCCCGUCCUACAGCUUCAAACAGUCCCUCAGUAUGAAUGCUAUUGGCUUCACUGAAAAUGCCAAGGGAGACAACAAGAAGUUUGAAAUCUGGUCCAACUCCAGAGAAGAAGUCUAUAUUGUGCAGGCCCCCACUGCUGAAGUGAAGACUGUUUGGGUGAAUGAAAUCAGAAAGGUCUUGACAACACAGCUCGAGGCAUGCAGAGAGGCCAGCCAACAGAGGGCACCAGAUCAUGUUUUCCAGUUUCCUCCAAUCACAGGAGGAGCUGUGAGCCUCAGCCCUUUUAAGACUGGACAGAAGUCACUGAAGAAGGGAGAAGAGAGGAGAGCAGAGCCAGGCAGCCCGGAUAUCAACUGUUCUUCACCGAAACCAGCAGGAAAAGACGAGACUCUCAUAAGUCCUACCUCAGACAGAGCAGCUGUCGCUAAAAAACGCUUUACUUUACAGGGCUUUAGUAACCUCAAAGCCCCGAAAGAGUUCUCAGCUACUGAUGAUAAAAGUUUUACAUUACCCAUGGUGAUUCUACCACCUCCAGAAUCUCCACCGAGUCCUGAUCGCAAGACAAAACGGCAGAGUGAUCCCACACCAUUUGGCUUCAAAGGGUGGAACAAGGCCUCUAUGUCCCUGAACGCCUCUGAGGAGCAGGAUGGAUACUCCAGUGCUGAAGAUCCACUAAACUCAGACAAUGAGGAAGAAACUGACAAGAAACUGUGUGUUGGCAAGUACACUGUGAAUAUUGACCUCAAUGGCUCUGAAGAUUUGUCCUUGAAGAGUGGAGACAUGGUUCAGUUAGUCCGAGAGGGCGAAGACAAACAGUGGCUUGUCCGCAACCUUAGCACUUCAAAGGAGGGUUGGAUUGCUGCUUCAAAUCUUACAUCACUCAUCAGGAAGUCUAAGUCAUGCCAGUCCCUCAACAGCUCAGAGGGCAGUGGCUCUGGAAACCUCAGCACGUCGUCCAGUUGCAGUGAGAGCUACACUGGUUUUUCUGACAUCAAACCCUGAGAUCAUGUGCACUUUCUGUUCUCGACCAAACAGCCCUUUUUGAUGCUAGCAUCACGUGACUAUCUGUGCUGUAUUGCCAACGUUGUACCCAUACAGUCUAUGGUUGUACCAUUUGAUCAUUGUACAAUUUCCACAAAAACAUGUCUCUAUUAUUUGUCUGGUCAUAAAUAACAGUAAUAAUGUUAAGAUGUGUCAGAGUACAUUUUGAACCUGCGGUUAAUUCUCUUUUUCACAAUAUAUGUCUAAUUAUCCUGUAACAGUGGUAUGAAUGAGCCAGCCGGACUGGACUGUGUUAUCUGU